ACUGUGGACAUAGUACAGGAGAUGGUAAGAGACUGCAGACAUACUACAGGAGAUGGUCAGAGACUGCAGGCAUAAUACAGGAGAUGGUCAGAAAUUGCAGACAUAAUACAAGAGACAGUCAGAGACUGCAGACAGGAUACAGAAGAUGGUCAGAACUGCAGACAGGAUACAGGAGACUGUCAGAGACUGCGGACAUAGUACAGGAGAUGGUCAGAGACUGUGGACAGACUACAGGAGAUGGUCAGAGACUGCGGACAGGAUACAGGAGAUACAGGAGACUGCAGACAGGAUAUAGGAGAUGGUCAGAGACUGUGAACAUGAUACAGGAGAUGACAGGAUACAGGAGAUUGUGGACAGGAUACGGUCAGAUACUGCAGACAGGAUACAGGAGACUUCCGACAGAGUACAGGAGA